AUGCGCACCAUUGACGGAAUUGACAACUAUCUCACCCUUCUGCUUUACCUGCGAAUGUUUACUUCCCAUCUGCUAUUACCACAAGAUGCAAUAAGGCAGAUAUUGACUCCUCAAUUUAUGCAAGAAAUUGAGCCUGAAAUAAAACAGAGCUCUGAUAUUGAAGAUAGUGAGGUGUUCAAUUCACUUCAGGCGUCGUGGUUCGCGAACCCACCGAAGCCUCUAGAUCGCUCGGGAAAAGAAGGAUCGGAUGCCGGAAUCUCAACAUUGUUUGAAUCCGUGAUGGGCGGCUCAAAACAGGCCGCAAACAUCAUGGAUUGCAUUGAAUGCAACCAGAGACAAGAAUCAGUUUUUAUAUUAUCAUGUAUGCACCUUUGUUGUUUCAAUUGCACACCAAACUUACCACGAGUUGGAGACAAAAUUACGUGCCGUUGUGGUUUGACUGUAUCCUAUGAACCAUGCCUUGAUCUCCAGAAAUUCUGCCGUAGUAAGGCAAUGCGGAGGGAGAGAGGUUCGAAGUCUAGAUGCAUCGACGAAUUUGAACAGGAUAUGGGAACUCGAACUAUGAGCGAGACGGUACUUAGCGCGAAGCUAAGGGCUGUGAAAAUGUUCAUUUCUAAGUGGCUCAAGGAGUCACCAGAUAUUAAAAUCACAAUAUUCACACAGUUUCUGGGAAUGAUUAGUGCCAUAGCCUCGGCGUGCGAGGCUGAAGGUUGGAGAUACACCACGCUUUGUGGGAAACUGCACCAUAAAACUAGACAUGCAAACAUCAAACGGUUCCGCGAGGAGAACGUUAGCAUCUUGAUCUCCUCGCUGAAAGCAGGGGGUGUGGGCCUCGACCUGACUAUGGCUAGCAAAUGUAUCCUCGUUGAUUUAUGGUGGAACGAAGCAAUUGAGCAACAAAGUCGGAAAUCUGAACAUAUAAGAAAGGCUAUGGGGUCAACCGUCCUCGCGCAAAGGGAUACCCUUGCCGAUAUUUUGACACUCUUUGGGGUGGAAGAAGAUGAGAAUGCAGACGGGGGAUACAGGUUCUUGACCGAAGAAGAGGCGGCUGCACAGUUGAAGGAGAAGGACAAGACCCCUGAUAAUAACGCUGACGCUGACGCCGACGCCGAAGCCGAACCCGACGCCGAAGCUCGACCCGAACCUGAGCCUAAGCCUGAGCCUGAGCCUGAGCCUGAGCUUGAGCCUGAACCUGAAGGCGAACCUGAACUUGAGGCAGAAAUUGAACCUGAACCCGAAGCCAAAGUCGAAGUGGAAGCUGGCGCUACCUAA